AUGGCGGAAGUGAAGUCAAUGUUUCGGGAAGUUCUUCCAAAACAAGGGCAGCUGUCUGUAGAAGAUGUAAAUACAAUGGUGCUGUGUAAGCCUAAACUUUUACCCUUAAAAUCUCUGACUCUGGAAAAACUGGAGAAAAUGCAACAAGCAGCACAGAAUACAAUUCACCAACAAGAAAUGGCAGAAAAGGAAAAACAGCAAGUAACUCACUGA